AUGUCGGCCUCGUCGCUGCCCCCGGGCGUGAGCCCUCCUCUCACGACGGAUAAUCCGAAUAACCACAGCGGCUUGAUUGUGAUUCUUGCGUCUUUUUAUAUUGUUUUGGUCCUUACGGCGCUUGCGGCUCGCACCUAUGCUUCUUUCCAGAGGCGAAUCAUACAAGAAGAUGAUCUGCUGUUUGGGGUGCUGGUAGUAAUCGCGAUACUUCAAGCAGUGGUGGUUCUUAUCCAAGUUCAUUUCGGCUGGGGAGUUCGAGUAGGAUUUGGCGAUUCGAUAGACUACCGAAUGCUCAAGGUUCCUAAUACAUCCAAGGCCGGAUAUGCAGCCGAGAUUAUAUCGAUCCUCGUCUUAGGUCUCUCCAAAGUCUCAACUUGUUUAUUCUACGAAGCGCUUUUCUCAAAAACGCAGCGCCAUUUCGCGCGCGCUAUUCUGGUCACCGUCGUCAUCUGGAUGACAAUAUCCAUAGUCCUACUAGCAGUACGCUGCACUCGGAACCCAUGGGCUGAUAUCAGCGAAGCUCAAUGUAGCAGUUUGUUCCCACGAUGGCAAGCCAUCACAGCGCUCGACAUCAUCACCGAAGUAUUCUUAUUUAUGUACUCCGGCCUGGCAGUACACAGGGUCAAAAUAUCCAUGCAGAAAAAGCUCGUGGUCUUCCUUGCUCUAGAGAGCCGAGUACUACUUAUUCCACUAGCCGCUAUCCGUCUACACUUUAUUAAAGCGCAGAUCACCUCCCCAACACCUAUUCUCAUCGGCGCUUUCGCAACCGUAACUACAGAAAUGUACCUCGCGACCAGCGUACUCUGUCUCGUGAGUGCGUUUCUCAAAUCGUUCCUUGCAGCCUACGAAGACAGUAAUGGGAUCUCGUACACGGAUGGUCACUCGGGAUCAGGGUCCAAAUCGCGAAAGGGGACUUCGAAUACCAUCACGCAGAGGAGUCGGUCUCGGUCUAGAUUUUCUGCGACGGUGGACCGUUUGCGGGGCUGGGAACGGGAGGAGGAUCCUAUCUUGGGAACUCCUAGUGCGUCGGGUGGGUUACAGAUCUUGAAAUCUGUGGAAGUUGAUGUGAGGGAUGAGCCUAUUGAAUUGACGGAGGCGGGGAGGGCGAGACAUUAG